AUGCCCUGCUUCCCCCCUCCAUCCGCCCUGCUUCCCCCCUCCCCAUGCCCUGCUUCCCCCAUCCCUGCUCUCUGCUUCCCCCCUCCCUUCUCCCUGCUUCCCCCCUCCCUCCUCCCUGCUUCCCCCCUCCCUCCCUCUGCUCUGCCCCCCUCCUUCCUCCUUGCUUUCCCCCCUCCCUCCGCUCUGCUUCCCCCUCCUUCCUCCCUGCAUUCCCCCUCCCUAUGCCCUGCUUCCCCCCUCCCUCCUCCCUGCUUCCCCCCUCCCUUCUCCUUGCUUCCCCCCUCCCUUCUCCCUGCUUCCCCCCUCCCUCCGCCCUGCUUUCCCCCCUCCCUCCUCCCUGCUUCCCCCCUCCCUAUGUCCUACUUCCCUCCAUCCCCUUCCCUACUCCACCCCAUCCCCUUCCCUGCUUCCCCCCAUCCCCUUCCCUAUUGCGCCCUCCAUCCCCUUCCCUGGUUCCCCCCAUCCCCUUCCCUGUUUCCCCCCAUCCCCUUCCCUGCUUCCCCCCAUCCCCUUCCCUGCUUCCCCCCAUCCCCUUCCCUGCUUUCCCCCACCCCCUUCCCUGCUUCCCCUUAUCCCCUUCCAUGCUUUCCCCCAUCCCCUUCCCUGCUUACCCCCAUCCCCUUUCCUGCUUCCCUCCAUCCCCUUCCCUGCUUCCCCCCAUCCCCUUCCCUGCUUCCCCCCAUCCCCUUCCCUGCUUCCCCCCAUCCCCUUCCCUGCUUCCCCCCCACCUCUUUCCUGCUUCCCCCCAUCCCCUUCCCUGCUUCCCCCCAUCCCCUUCCCUGCUUCCCCCCAUCCCCUUCCCUUCUUUCCCCCAUCCCCUUCCCUGAUUCCCCCCAUCCCCUUCCCUACUUCCCCUCAUCCCCUUCCCUAUUCCCCUUCAUCCCCUUCCCUGCUUCCCCCCAUCCCCUUUUCUGCUUCCUCCCAUCCCCUUCCCUGCUUCCCCCCAUCCCCUUCCCUGCUUCCCCCCAUCCCCUUCCCUGCUUCCCCCCAUCCCCUUCCCUGCUUCCCCCCAUCCCCUUCCCUGCUUCCCCCCAUCCCCUUCCCUGCUUCCCCCCAUCCCCUUCCCUUCUUUCCCACAUCCCCUUCCCUGCUUCCCCCCAUCCCCUUCCCUGCUUCCCCUCAACCCCUUCCCUACUCCCCCUCAUCCCCGUCCCUGCUUCCCCCCAUCCCCUUCCCUGCUUCCCCCCAUCCCCUUCCCUGCUUCCCCCCAUCCCCUUCCCUGCUUCCCCCCAUCCCCUUCCCUGCUUCCCCCCAUCCCCUUUCCUACUUCCACCCAUCCCCUUCCCUUCUUUUCGCCAUCCCCUUCCCUGCUUCCCCCCAUCCCCUUCCCUGCUUCCCCCCAUCCCCUUCCCUACUCCCCCUCAUCCCCUUCCCUGCUUCCCCCCAUCCCCUUCCCUGCUUCCCCCCAUCCCCUUCCCUGCGCUGCCCCAAUUUCCUUCCCUACUUCCCCCCAUCCCUUUCCCUACUGCCCUCCAUCCCCUUCCCUGCUUUCCCUCCAUCCCCUCCACUAUCUCCCCUCAUCCCCUUCCCUGCUUCCCCCCAUCCCCUUCCCUGCUUCCCCCCAUCCCCUUCCCUGAUUUCCCCCAUCCCCUUCCCUGCUUCCCCCCAUCCCCUUCCCUGCUUCCCCCCAUCCCCUUCCCUUCUUUCCCCCAUCCCCUUCCCUGCUUCCCCCCAUCCCCUUCCCUACUCCCCCUCAUCCCCUUCCCUAACCCCCCUCAUCCCCUUCCCUACUCCCCCCAUCCACUUCCCUGCUUCCCCCCAUCCCCUUCCCUGCUUCCCCCCAUCCCCUUCCCUGCGCUGCCCCAAUUUCCUUCCCUACUUCCCCCAAUCCCCUUCCCUACUUCCCUCCAUCCCCUUCCCUGCUUCCCCCCAUCCCCUUCCAUGAUCCCCCCCAUCCCCUUCCCACUUCCCUCCAUCCCCUAA